AUGGCAUCUCAAAUCCCGCCUCUGCUGGAGUCAUACCUCUCCCUACCGUCUGAGACCUCCCAGAUCGUCCUCACCGGCAUCCUCGGCGCGAGCACCAACUGGCUGACCCUGCGGUACCUGUACAGCCUCCUCCGGCCCGCGGCCGCACCGCGGCGCGACGAUGGCGACGCCCCCGCCGGGGGCGACGAGGACGUCAAGGUGCUGCUCGUGAGCUUCAUGAGGGACUUCGCGUUCUGGAAGGAGGGCGCCGGACGGCUGGGUCUCAACCUCGACGCUCUGGCGGCGCGAGGCAAGUUCCUCUUCGUCGAUGGGCUGAGCAGGCUGUACCUGGGCGGUGACGGGCCUGCUGUGCAGUCACAGUCUACCGGGCGCGGCCCAGGGCAGCCGGCGCAGCAGCAGCAAGUAUACCUUGACAGCCCGCGCCUCACCGACGUCGCGAGGGCGCUGGGCGCGGCUGUCGAAAGGCUGCAGGCUGCUGGUGGCAAGGUCGUCUUGCUACUGGACCAGCCUGAUUUGUUCCUUGCGGCUGCGUCGCCUGGGGACGGUGUCACGGGGACAGCGUGGAGGGAGGUAGUGCUUGGGCUACGAGAGAAAGUUCACGCGACCCUUCUCACCUUGUCGGCGGACGAGCCACUGGUUUCUGCGCAGACUACGACACUGGAAAAGGAGCAUGCCUCCUUCAUUUUGUCCCUGGCGCACGAGGCUGAGGCUGUCAUUAGCUUGAGGCUGUUGGACACCGGCACAGCCAAGGAUGUCAGUGGGGUGGUCAGGAUCACUGGAGGCGGAGGUAGCCUGGACCGGGUGAUAGAGGAGCACGAGUAUCUAUACCACGUUGGCGGAGAUGGAGUGGUGAAGGUAUUCGAGCGUGGGCAGUAG